AUGGUCGGCAAGCGCAAGAGAGACACGGCCGUCGUGUCGCGAUCUAAGAAAACAGUCAAAGCCAGUCCCUCGCCACCUCCGGCGGACGAUGCGCAAGACGUCUUUCGCAAGUACUUUGAGGCACAGUUUGCGCCUCUGGAUUUGCCGGAUAAACCCUCUACUACCAAGUCCAAAGCUGAGGAGGAAAUGGAGGAAGAUGAUGAGAGUGAGGCAUCAGAGAUGGACGAGCAGUGGGACGGGGUCUCGGACGGCGAAACCGACGAGGAUAUUGUGGAAGUGGUAGAACACACGGACACCCGAGCUACAAAUGACAGAUUGGACAAGCAAGCAUACAAAGCUUUCAUGAGCGCGAAACCACCAUCUUUAGAAAGCAAGACGACAAAAUCAAACGCAAAGGCAGAUCAGAAAGACGAAUCCGAUGACGAGAAAGACGCUGAUAACCUGAAACACGAUCUCGCAUUGCAGCGACUACUCCGAGAAUCUCACCUACUCGAGUCGUCCUCAGACCUGGCACCCACGGGCAAGAAUCGCCUCAAAGCUCUGGACCUUCGCAUGCAAUCUCUGGGCGCCAAGGACUCCUUGUACAAACAAAAAAUGCCCGAUGCCCACCGGCGAGGAAUCAAUGCCAAGGCUGCAUCCAAGGACGAGAAGCGACGACGAGAGGCGAAGGAGAACGGCAUUAUCCUCGAAAAACCUGCCAAAGUCACCAAACCGUCCAACAAUGGCCGACGGGAUCGUGGCAUUGGCGGAUCAUCCAUUGGAAAAUUCUCCGGGGGUACGUUGAGUUUGAGCAAAGACGAUUUGCACAAAAUGCAAAGCUCAAGAGGACGAUCAUCUCGAGGAGGCCGUGGAGGUCGUGGUGGCCGUGGAGGAAGAGGAAGAGGCGGCAGAGGCCGUUAG